AUGCCCGAAAGAACGAGAAGCGAAGUCCAGGUUGGAUGGAUCCCUCCACCUGAGGGAUGGGUACAAGUCCAGACUGAUGGUUCUGUCCUCUCUCCCUCAGGUCAUGCUGCUGCAGGUGGCCUUGUUCGUGACUGUUUGGGACGCUGCUGUGCAGCUUUUGCUUGCAACUUGGGGAACUGCUCAAUCACUGCAGCAGAACUCAAAGGAGCAGCUGUUGGGCUAGAGAUCGCAUGGGAGAAGGGCUUCCGACAUGUUGAACUCAAGCUGGACUCUACUACUGCUAUCACCAUUAUGAAAAAACGUUCGGAUGAUGAUCACAGGCAUGGACUGCUGGCACAACACAUCAGCAACCUCCUGAAUCGUGAAUGGAUUGUGUCUAUUUCUCAUGUGUAUAGAGAAGGAAAUCAGGCUGCUGAUUUUAUUGCUAAUUUUGGUCGCAAUCUUACUUUUGGAACACAUCAUGUUGAUGUGGACAUCCAUGAGCUCUGUAAAUGGCUUGACUACGAUGUUAUGGGUGUGUCACAACCAAGGUUCAUUAAUAUAUGA